AUGGCGGAAAGUGACGAUAGCGAAUUCGGCAGCGUCACUUCAUCCCAGAAGUCUUUCCUAAACCACUGCCCUUUCGCCGACCCUAACUCCGUUCGUCCGACUCAAUCUUCCGACGGAGAAGUGCUCGAGACGGUUUCGGACAACACUGAGGUUCUCGGUAACCUAAUCUCGCCGCCGGUUGUCGUAACUCCGGUUAUCUCUUAUUCUUCUCGGACCAGUGUCGAUUCCAUCAACGAUGACGUCUUCCGUACUCCUCCUGAGAACCCAUCUCUCUCCUCUGCACCUGAUUCCCAAACCCGAGUUAGGGUUUCGGAAUUGAGAUCCCCGUCUUCGCCUGUUUCUGCUUCACCGUCUCUUCCGGUGGUAAAUGUUAGGGUUUCGGAGAUGACGAAUCGUCGUUCUGAUUCCGUGGAGCCUCUCUCUUCUCCGUCCCCUGUCACGGCCGUCGAUGCUAGGGUUUCGAAUCAGGGUUUUUGA